GCCAAUCCAACUCAACUCAUCAGUCACUAGUCAGCAGCACACAACACCACCACCCAACCCAAAUAAUGGAGGACUCGGACUCCGACGACCGCCUCAGCCAGCUCAAGGCCUUCGACGACACCAAGGCCGGCGUCAAGGGCCUCGUCGACGCGGGCGUCGCCACCGUCCCGCCCAUCUUCCGCCACCCGCCCGACCCCCACGCCGCCUCCGCCACCACCACAAUCCCGGUCGUCGACCUCGGCCGCCCUGACCUGGGCCUGCUCAGGGCGGCCGCCGAGACCGUCGGCUUCUUCCAGGUCGUCAACCACGGCGUGCCCGCCGAGCUCCUCGCCGAGACGCUGGCGGCAGUGAGGCGCUUCAACGAGGAGCCCGCGGAGGCCAGGAGGCCCUACUAUACCAGGGACCCGGCGAGGCGCGUCAGCUACCACAGCAACUUCGACCUCUUCCAGUCGCCGGCGGCCAGCUGGCGCGACACGCUCUUCCUGGAGAUGCCCGCGCCGCCGGAGGAGAUGCCGCCGCCGUGCAGAGCCGUCGUGCCGGAGUACACCAGGCAGCUGCGGAGGCUGGGCGCCCGCCUGCUGGAGCUGCUGUCGGAGGCCCUGGGCCUCCACGCGGGCUACCUGGAGCGCGACGCCGGCUGCCUGGACGGGAUGGUGCUCGCCUGCCACUACUACCCGCCGUGCCCGGAGCCGCACCUGACGAUGGGCACCACCAGGCACUCGGACCCCAGCUUCCUGACGGUGCUCCUGCAGGACGGCGUGGGCGGCCUGCAGGUGCUCCACGGCGGCCGCUGGGCGGAUGUGCCGCCGCUGCCCGGCGUGCUCGUCGUCAACGUCGGCGACCUGCUCCAGCUCAUCUCCAACGACAGGUUCAAGAGCGUGGAGCACCGGGUGGUGGCCAUGACCCCGGGCGCCGCCGCCACCGCGCGGGUCUCGGUGGCCUGCUUCUUCAGGACGACCGGCGCCGCGGCGUCCACCAGGGUACGGUACCGGAGCGUCACGGUGGCGGAGUUCCUCGGCCACUACAAGGACAGCCUCGACGGCCGAUCGGCGCUGGGCCGCUUCAGGCUGCUGCUCUCAUCAUCAUCUUCAGGCCCAAUUAGUUGCAAGCAAACAAAUUAAAAUAAGGGAUUGCAGCUAGCUAGCUUUUCCCAAUAAUAAAUGGGAAUGACUAUGUAACAAUCAAGUAAAAGCUGGUGGUCCCGUCA